AUGUUUAAGAAAGACAUCCCACCAAGCAACCGCUCAAAAGUCAAGUCCUCGGUGCAGCGCGCCCUGCGCCAAAAGCUCAUAGAAGCACACCCGCUAUGCGAGCCGUAUAUUGAUGAGAUCCUGCCGAAAAAGGCGCAGCUCGAUGCGGUGAAACUUCCAGAAAAAACAACCCUCUACACAAUCGACAGCACCCCACUCUUCUACCAACCGCAAGAUGGCCCUCCGAUCCCUCACCUGAAACUCCUGCACGCCUUCCCCAACAUGCUCCCUAGCAUUCAGAUCGAUCGCGGCGCGAUCCGCUUCGUGCUCUCAGGCGCCACGCUCAUGGCUCCCGGGUUGACGAGUCCGGGUGGUCGGUUACCGGAUGCGGACAACGCGCUGGAGAAGGGGACUGUUGUUGCUGUGAAGGCGGAGGGGAAGGAGGAGAUUUGUAUGGUAGGGACACUGAAGGCGAGUACAGAGGAGAUUAAGAGUAAGGGGAAGGGUGUUGUUAUUGAUGAUGGGCAUUAUUUGGGCGAUGGGUUGUGGAAGAUGCAUUUGGAUUAA